UAGGCCAUUUCCGGAAGAGGUCAUGCGGUGUUUACAAACCGAAGCUUAAGGAUGCUUUUCUGGAAUCAGACAGUGUGGAACGAAGUUAAAAAAUGGAGACUGGAAAGGAACUAGCUCUAGAUUCUCUGGAAAAAUUGAAGCAUAUGUGCAGGUUGUUUAGAGAACAUGGAGAUACUAUUGCAAGUGGCCAAGCAACAUUGUCUUUGACAAGCAAUAUCCUGUUUGAAGUGAAUGAAUGCUUUGAGAGUCUCGAAAAUAACCUUUGCCCUCAGCGUAUUUCCAUACAGUCAGGUGACAGCCAAAACUGGCAUCAAAGAAAUGAAUUAGGGGAAUGGAAUGAUUAUCUUCAGCUCCUACGAGAUGUUUUUGCUUCAGCUAUAAAUCUUAAGCUGCAUAAUGGAGGUACAGAUUCUGUGGGUGCCAGGUGGGGACUGUCCCCUAUGUCUAUGUCCCAUUCUGUGCAUCUUGGCUGCUUUUCCCAUCUGCAGCAUCUAGAAAUUUCAUACCUUCCAAUUCAUCUACUGCAGAAUCUACUGACGUUGCGUCAUAGACUUGUUUCUUUGGUGGUACAUAACUGCCUUGGACAUAAUGCAAAACUUCAGGACCUGUUGGAACUGUGUGACCAGGAAGUAUCAGUCCCUAUGCACUGGUCAGCACUCAAGACCCUCAACCUGAAGUGUAAUGUACUGAAGGAACUUGAUGGGUCUUUGAGACUGUGUCCUGUCUUGGAGACUUUAGUUGUCAGUUUGAACCGACUGACCUCAACAGAUGUCUACCUUGGGUAUCUCAUGGAACUUUUAAGGGUGGAUUUGAGAUUUAAUCGUCUACAGUCUUUGCCUAUUUUGUCUGCUACUGUAAAGAGAAAGCUUCGUGUUCUUCUGCUGGGUGGAAACAACAUUUCAGACUUAAGAGGAAUGGAAGAACUUGUUUCGCUGGUGGAGCUUGACCUGUCUGAGAACCUUAUCAGCACACAUUGUAAGCUUGAACCUCUAAAACACCUGCAUCAUCUUCAAAAGCUUGACUUGAGAGGUUGUCCAGUCAGCAUGAGAAAGAACCACAGAGUUACAACACUUCAGCAUAUGUCGUCUUUAGCUUUGCAUUUGGAGGUCGCACUUGAUGGAUGCCUUGUUUCCAGUAAAGAAGUUAGGAAAGCACAGCUGGCUUCAAUGUAUUACUCAUCACGACACGCGGUACCAAAGUGGUUCAGGACAUCCACACAAAACAGCACCUCUCACGGCAUCUUGGGCAACUCCCGUGCUGUCACCAGCAGUAUUGCAGAAAGUUAUGCAGGAGAACCAGUUCAGGUCUCUUCAGUUCUUGUUGCCCGAGGAGGUAAAAAAAAAGGACGUAAAGCUCGAACAACUGUCAUUGCAGACCUGGACACAUCAACUGGAGAGUUCUCAUCUGGAACUGAUACCCCACGAUCAUCACCUCGAGUAACAUCAAAGUUGGAGGCUGUUAUGCAAGCUAGAAGAGAAGAAGUAAAACAAACCCAGCAGGAACUAGAAAGGAUGCGUUUGCAGUAUGGUGACAACUGGCUGCAAGCCAUCGUGGAUCAGAAGAAACUACCACCUCCUACUUAUACCAGAACUGCUCGUACCUCUGUAGGAACAACUACAAGCACAACUUCUUCCAUCCAAAAGACCCAAGCUCCCACCUUCAUACAUACUGAUCCAGGUUCUGUGCCUUCUACAGCUGCUGCAUAUCCAGAUGUUUCUGUAGAGGCAUGCGUGAAGGAUGGAGUAAACGCUGGGAAGACAGCAGACUUUUGCACAAGUGUUGAGAGUGGGGAGCAUGAAGCUAGUUUAGAUAUAUACACUCGAAAAGUCACAUCAGAGCUGAAAACUAGGGAGGACAAGGCUGUGGAUGAUGUGAAAGCUGCUGCUUUGACCUCUUCUCCUUUCUCAGAUUGUGCAGCUGGUGAUGAUACUAGAAUCAGCAAUGAUAAAGUCACAAUUUCGCUGUCUUCCUCUUCAAACAAAAAUAAUGUUCAAGGGGACAGCACUGUUGCUAGCACUAAAAGCCCAGCCAAAUCUGGAGCAGUCAAUGGAGGAUUCUAUACAGAUGAAUGUGUGAUAACCAGAAAACAUGAUCUUGAAGGAGAAAGGAAAAAGGAUCAGACAAAUGUGUCAGAGGGGCUCAAAGAUAGCGACAUUAGUCAAGAGCCAGAGGGUCAGGGUGAACCAUUUAUAGUAAUUCUACCAGAGAAAAACAAUGACCAUUUGAUAGUGACAGUAUCUCCUCGGUUUAUUGUUGAGAAGGACAUCAAUGGACGACUACAGGAAAUGCUUGAUUUGCAGUGCCUUAUAAGUGUAAAACUGGAAGCAGAAGAUGACACAGUCUCCAGCAUCUAUGAAAAAAGCUCUCCUUUUAAAACAGACAAAGUCUUAACUGUGCGCAUGCAGUUUGACUACAUUAGAAAAGAUAGACGCAGCCGUGUGUAUGUUAUGGAAGACCGCAGUAGUGCUGAGCAAUUUAUGGCACUGGUACAACCAUUUGUCAGUGCCAAAGAGCAAGCUUUGUUGGAGAAAAUGAAGACAGAAUACCAGUGUCUAAAGUGUAGCAAAGUGUUCACAUUGGAAAAUGCACGCAAAAGCACUCAGGAGCUGGGAAUACCUCUGAGAGGCAGCAGCAAAGGUUUCUCUGAUUUCACAGAUGAAGUCAGUCUCAUGUGUCCAGAUUGUGGUAGUGAUCACAUCAUUUUGUUGGAAAACAAUGGACAGACAAUUUAUGUGCCUGUUGUUUCACUUCUGGCUCUCUCCCUUCUACUAGAGGUCUUAGCGUUAUUGGCCGUAAUAAGAGUUUUGAACAGCUUAUAAGUUCUAAUUCAUGGAAAAUCAGCCACCCACUGUAUAAAGAGGGAAGAACAAAUUCUGAAAGGAGAACUUCAGGUAGCUUCAGGUCCUUAUCGCCCAUCAGGGACCAUUCAUCUGCAAAUAAAAGAGAG